UGUACUCAAAAAUAUACUUGCCACAUUUUCUACAAGCAAAAACAAUAGAGAGCAUACUAGUAUAUAUAUUUAUAUAUCUCUACUCAUAUAUUUCUCAAGUAUAUAUAGUUAUUUAAAUGGAGUCAAACCGUAAGAGAAGGAGUUUCAUGAAGAGUAAGCUGAUGCCAUUCUACAGAGCCAGCUCAAAGCCUUCUUCUAAUAAUUAUAAUAAUAAUAAUAAUAAUAGUAGUAGUAAUACGUUGCAAUACAAGGUUAUGAAUAAGCCAAAUCAGUCCUCUCCUUCGGCAGCCUCAGUAGGGUUUUUGGUGCACCAAGACUAUCUCAUCACUCAGCCAAAGCCAAAAGUUUCAUUUGUUAUGUCAUCACAUGGCGGCGGUGGAGGUGGCGGUGGCGGCCGUGACUCCUCGGUGGUUCAACUUGAAAAGCUCUAUGGUGGUGUGGCUGUUGACGAGGGUGUUGACUCAAAGGCUGCUAACUAUAUAUCUAUGGUUCAAGAACGUUUUAAGCUUGAACGAGUCAACUCAGAACGAGUCAAGUGCCAAGACAAGAGUUGAUCAGAUGAUCAUAAUAUAUAAAUUAUUAUUAUUAUGACAUAACUACAUUUACUUCAAAGUAAGAUUAUAUUUUUAUAUUUGGUACGUCUAGAAUAAUUAUAUAUAUAUAUAUAUAUAUUAUAUUAUAUAUAAUAAUAUAAUAAGUAGUUCAGUAGAUCUAGAGAGAGAGAUCAUGAGAAUGUGUUAGUACUUUUGCUUUCUUCUUUUUCUUUUUUUUUAAUUGUUAUAGUUAAUUAGUGCAAACCCAUCAUCAUCAAGUUGUUAAAAGAGUUUGAUUGGAGUUAUAUGAGAAAUUUGUACUAAUUAAUUAAUUAAUUUUUCCUUUUAUCAUGCA